GGUCUGGUCCACUUCCUGUUUACCGCCUGUUGUACCUUCAGACUGGAACACACAGAUUGCAACACCUCUCUCUGCUCUCUGGAGCUGCUGGGGCUUUUAUCCACGACAGAACAUGCAACACUGAAGUCCUGCAGCCUCAGGGUGGACUACUGAAUACCUCCAAUCAUUCUCUCGUCAUGGUCAUUGUUAUUAAGGAGACAUGAAGACGUGACAUUGGGGAAAUGUGAGCAGGCCGGGAAGGAUCCUCGGGAUUUCCUGACUCCAGCUGACCGGGAGUUCGGCUGGCUAGCUGGAGCAGAGAGUCGAGCGCUACCUCAGUGGAUGUCUGAAACCUCAAAGUGGUGAUGUGGAGGACUACACGAGUUCUUAACUUGUCCCAUAUCAGUGUUGGAUGAGCGUGAGUGAGUGAAAGAUACAAAUCUACGCAUGGGGAGUAGUAGCAGUCUGUUAGCUCAUCGUGCUAAUGGUAUGGACACAGCGAAAGCGAACUGACGCGCGAACAUUCGCCCACUUCAUUUUAUAUUGCAAGCGGCAGAUUCGCUGCGCAUAGAAUGCUGGGAGCGAACCAAGGCAGUGGCGCCACUUUUGACAGUUUCUGGUCUUUAAUGUGUUAUAAUUACUCGUUUUAAGGAAACGCUGUUAUACUUUUGAAUAACACUCUUGUGGGACGCUGAAAUACUCAUUAAUUCACCCGACUAAGUGAAACAGCGAGGCAAGGCGGACGUGAGUUUCAGCGCAUUGUUCGCCUGUCGCGCCGCGGCAGCAGCGGCAGCCUCCGCGGUGUGAGUGUCCGGCGGUGAGGGCUGGCUGACGUCUUGAGUUCGGAGCAGCUCGCAGGUGUGUGUGUCCGGCGGUGAGGACUGGCUGACGGCUUGAGUUCGGAGAGAGGAACAGCUCGCUGGUGUGAGUGCCCGGCGGUGAGGGCUGGCUGACGGCUAGAACUCGGAGAGAGGAGCAGCUCGCCGGUGUGUGUGGCGGGCAGUGAGGGCUGGCUGACGGCUUGAGUUCGGAGAGAGGAGCAGCUCGCCGGUGCCCUGAAUUCAAGAAGACCACCCGGCUCCGGCCCCCUCAAGCGGGCAGUCAGGAAGAAGCUGGCUGGGAGGGGAUGGCCUGGUCGGUCUUCCCGUUCCCAAGGACAAGGCUCUGCGGUGUUUGAAGGAGGUCGAGUUCGACUGGAGGCUACCACCGCGGGUCGAGGCGCUAUGAUGGCCGGGUCCCCCUCUGCGGCCGGCGGCUUCACGGCCACCGGGGCGUCGGUCAGGAAGAGUGAAGACAUCAUGGAUCUGAUAGAUCUGUUUUCAAAGAUGCAGUACAGAGCGAAGGAAGUCACUACACGGGUGGAUGCGAUAGAGAAGCGUUGUCUGGAGUUAUUUGCAAGAGACUACAAGUACAGCAUCAUCCACAACUCCAAUGGAGAAGUGUGUGGCCAUUAUCCCCGGCAGAUCGUUUUCCUGGAGUAUGAAUGCACAGAUGUUGAUAGAGACAGGUUUGAGAGCACAGUGCAGGUCAGUAAGCUGCAGGACCUGGUAAACCGGAGUAAGCUGGCUCGCUGCAGAGGGAGGUUCGUCUGUCCCGUCAUCCUCUACAACGGAAAGCAUAUUUGCCGGUCGUCCACUCUGGCAGGAUGGGGGGAGCUGUACGGACGCACAGGCUACAACUACAUCUUCUCAGGGGGCACUGAUGACACAUUGGCGGAGUCCGAGGAGGUUCCAGAGGAUGACAGUGCAGUCAGGAAUGGGGACUCCCAGCUCUUCGACAAGGUUCGGGGCCACGACAUUAAGCUGCUACGUUACCUCUCGGUUCGCUACAUCUGUGACCUGAUGGUGGAGAACAAGAAGGUUAAGUUUGGCCUAAAUGUGACGUCCUCUGAAAAGGCGGACAAGGCCCAACGCUAUGCAGACUUCACCUUGCUCUCUGUGCCUUAUCCAGGGUGUGAGUUUUUUAAGGACUACAAAGACAGAGACUACACAGCAGAGGGUCUGGUGUUUAACUGGAAUCAGGACUAUGUGGACGCACCUUUGACAAUCCCUUUGUGCUUUACUCAGAACUUGGAUAUUGACUGGACUCGAUACCAGUCAUGGGAUCUGGUGGAACAAACCCAGAACUACCUGAAGCUGCUGCUCCACAUCAUCAACAAGGAUGAUGAGAGCGGCCUCCUGGUGCACUGCAUAUCAGGCUGGGACCGAACGCCUCUUUUUGUUUCCCUCCUCAGGCUCUCUCUCUGGGCAGACGGGGCCGUGCAUGCCAGCCUGGAGCCGGCAGAGAUCCUGUAUCUUACCAUCGCCUAUGAUUGGUUCCUCUUUGGUCACAUGCUGCCAGAUCGACUCUCCAAAGGGGAGGAGAUUUUCUUUUUUUGCUUCAAUUUUUUGAAGCACAUUGUCUCAGAGAAGUUCUCUGCCGUUAAAAAACAGAGAAGGAAGAACUCCCACUUCAAAGAGAGUGAUUUCACUGUGGAGGACCUCUGCCAGUUAAAGUUGAAGGAUCGUGGCAGUGUGACGAGUCUGAGCAGUGAGUUUUCCCUCAUCACCGAGGAGGCAGGCGGAGCCUCCAGCCUCACCAACGACACUGUGGACCUGUUCUCCAGCCAACCCCAGGCCAGCUGGAGAAAAGGCCCCACCUCCUCUCCCCAGAUGGUUGUUUGGAAUAAACAGAUCCCUCUGGAAGAGCAGCUCUCUCAUCCGCUCAAUGAAGCCAGGUCUUCCAGCUCCUCCUCCUCCAACCAAUCAGAACAAGGAGUCACACGCACUGGUAGCAGCCCACUGGCUGUCCCUGGGAGACGGUUAGCAGCAGACUACACACGGUCAGGGUCCUCCCUCUCCACCGAGUACGGGAGUUGGCAGAUAGUUUCAGGUUGUGGCAGCAUCCAUGACCACGCUCAUUUCCCUCCACCUCCGGCCUCAGCCUCCUCCACGUCGUCUGCUGUCGCUGCUGCCUACGACUCCCCUCUGCCCUUCAGUUUUCAGGAUGAAGGACCCAGUGGACGAAUGUGUCCCUUCCCCUCUGAGCGUCAGGCCCGUCUGGAGGCGGUGCGGGAAGUCUUCCUGGCAGCCUACAGCUCCACUGUGGGUCUCAAGUCCUCAGCACCCAGCCCCUCCGGUGCCAUCACCGGCCUGCUGGAGCAGUUCGCUCGCGGGGUCGGCCUCCGUGGAACCAACGCCAUCGUCUGAACCCGCUCAAUGUGAUUUCAGACUUUCCUUCUGCUUCCAUCCAUCCAUCAGAAAGUCUAGACUCAGUACAAUAAAGUGCCAAACAUCUCUGUUCUCAUCAGGGGUGAAGCAUUACUUUUCUCUCGAAUUUCAUUUGAUUUUUCUUUCGACUUUUUUCAUGCCCGGAUAUAUUUUUGUAUGUGCUUCAGCGGCUUUCCUCUGGACUUUGAAUCUUCAGUAAUGAGAGGAUCUUUCGGGCAGGGCAAAGGUUUCAGCCGCGGUAUCAAAAAGGGAUAGUUAAAUGUGAACGGCUGAGUAGAUGGGCUCUGUGCCUCUUACAGCCAGAGAAUAGAAAGAAUUCCUCCCUUCUUCCUCGAUCUUUUCAUCACUUUUAUAACUUUUACAGAUCACUCGCAGGGACCGUCCCAUGUGCAGGAAGUGAUGUGUUUAUUGGCUCUCUUGUUUUGUAGAAGUGCUUUUGCUCCGGUAGAUUCUGCUCCCACAGGGAGGCAGUGAUGUGAUUCCUCAUACUGUGACUACACUGAAUGUUAUCAGGCACAAACCAGCAGCCUUCAUUCAGCUGGAGCUCAUAUGACGUUUCAUGCUUCUGGAGUAAAAGCCUGUGUUUUGUCACGUUAUUAUCUGCAUACCUGCAAAUCCUGUGACUUGAUUAUGAAUUUCAGUCUCGCUCAGUUUGAAACAAACAUUCAUAAAACGUGUCUGAUGGAGUUUAAAGGCAAACGUGUUUAACAUCUGAUCUGAAGCUCUGGACAAAGCAGCUGUCACAGAGAGAGAGAGAGGUGGGAGGUGAUGUUUGAGUGGGAACAAGUCCACACACUGUUGCAGGAGAAGUUAAAGUCGUCGUCACCUCUGCAUGUGGUCCUUGUUGGUUUGAAUCGAGAGAUUGUUGUUAGAGAGUUACAGAAAGUUGCUUCAAGACAGCGUUCAUCCGCCUUCUUAUGACUCUGAUGUGAGUCAUUAUGACUUCAAGGUUUCAAUAUACGUCAAACAAACCAGUUUAGUUGAAGCAAAAGUGCUACGUGCGUAGGCCUCUGCGUAGGUACGGGAGCUACGCGGACCGCCGGCGUGGGCUACGCCGUCAAUUUGACCCAGAAGUAUAAAUCAGGUUUAAGACCGGUCACUCUGGGAGCCUGAUCGAAAAGUUUAUCAUCACAGAGAUGUAAUCAACCUGUGAAUCUGGAAUUUCAGGAAUCACAGGAAUCAAACCAGUCACUACAUAAUUUCAACUUACGUGAGAUGUUUUUGUCAUCUUUACACGACUCUAAAAAAGCUUCACCAAUACCUUUUUGAAACCGUAAACACAAAGAAUGGUAUCAAAAAUCUACUACACCAGAAUCACAAAGCUCCUACCACAAGGAGAAGUCACGGGUCGUGUUGACGAGGAGAUUUUAAAUCUAUCAAUGUAAUCUUGCAAAGCUUCUCUUAAUGCAUUACAAAGAAAAUGAGCCGACACAACGGGCACUAAAGUAUCUUAUCAGCAGACUUAUGGAAUUAUCUGUAUAUGAUUAUCAGUACAGUAGAAAACUAUUGAACUGUUUUUGUUUUGCCAUCCUUCCUUUACAACUGACUAUUUAUGAACAGUUCCAGUUUGGUCCAGAGGCUCUGAUCAGUCAGGGUGGACUAUCGCCCUCAUCCAGUUGUUGUUUUUUUUUUACACUAUCUCCAUAUUCUCCACUGGAGUGACCAUCCAGUCAUUUCUUUUUCUCUGACAUGGUAGCACUGAAGGCACUGAGCGCUGUGGUAGCAAAACGAAGAACCAAAUGCCUCUUAAUGUUUUCCUUGUUGAUCGUCAGUGAAGUCCGGUCCACUCGGCUCCUGCCUCUGCUCAGAUUUCCCUCCAGCUAACAUCGCACAACCCAGACGGACGUGUCCACAUGGCCCGCUCUUUCUCCUGCUUAGAGUCCUAGUCUUGAGAGAUUUCUGUCGAUGGAUUUGAAUGAAACAAGCUUGUCUUGUUGCCAAAUCAGUGUCGGCAGCUGCUGUACCUCAGGACCUUUUGUUGUGCCUUGUUUUACUCGGGCUAACUGAUUCAGAUCUUCACAUCGUCUGUUCCAGUUUGUGGUUUAAGAUUCCUCUGAAAUGGCUUUAAAGGCGUAGGUUGUGUGCAGCUGGUUGUUACUGUAACGUCUGACUGUAGAGCAUUAUCAGCAUCAACACUGCAGUGACGCCUGGUUCCUCUUGUAUCGUUCACCUGGCUGCAGGAUCACAAGCCUUAUUUGUUGUACGGUAACUUAAAGCUGUUGAGUCUUACUGAGGUGGAUUCUCAGUCAGUGGGUUCAGAGAAACAAAGGUAUUCACUGCAUCUCAAAAGACUAUAGACUUCAUGUCUGUCUUUCCUGCAGAGCUUUCAUCAGGAAGUAUAAAGAGGAGGAAACAGCUGAUAUCUAAACAUCAUGCAUCCAAACAUCUUGAAAUCUCUUCAGUUACUUGAUGUGUUUGAUAAACAGAAACAUGAGAGUUGGUUAUGUGGCGUAGCAGCUGAGCUGUUAACCUGCAGGUCUGAACAGCAGCUCAUACUGAAGACCUUUCUGUUCAAACAAAGAACUUUGUGAGUUGAUCAGUUUUCAAUGUGUUUGGUGCAUUUCGCAGACAAGUUGAAUCAAAGUCUUGAUGCUGAGACGAACCGCGUCCUGCAUAUAACUCUUACUGUACACACACAGACCUGAUACUCCUCUACAUGUUUCAGUUCUCUGCCUGAGCUGUCAGUGGUUCAGUUUUGUGUCCCAGUCUUCUUCUGAGACUGUGUGGUUGUUGCGUCAUCUUUCUGCCAGGUCUUAAGCUCUGUUUGUUUUUUUAUACAUCUACCCUGCGGAGGAUUUUUCAUAUCAAGCUGCCAAUCAGAAGACUCUCGCUCAAGCAUAUCUGUCAGUCUCAGACUGUUCUUAUCCCGAGGUGCUUUAAAUACUCUUGAUUAUGUUUCUCACUCAGUUUGUCACUUUUUUUUUCACUCACUGGUUUUGCAUGAAUUUGCAUUUUUAUCUCAAUUGCAGCGUAUAAUGGUUUUAUUUGUUUUAAUUUUUAUGACAGAGUCUCUUAUUAAAUGCUGCAUUGCACUCAUAUUUUUGUUCUCUGUGUAAAGAAUUCUCUUUGUACAGUCAAUGCAUUUGAAGAUUUUAAGUAAUUGAAUUAUCUUUUUUUUUUUUUUCUGUAUUUGUUGGUGGUCGGUGGGCUACACUGAGAAGUGACCUGAGCUGCAGGUGGCAAUUCUGAAUUAAAAAAAAUUUGACUUGC